UGAUAAUCCACCGAUUGUCUAGAGAGUAAUUUUUGGACAUAGAAAUUAUUAAAUUGUUGUUGGUAAUGUUUUUGUUCACCAGUAAUUAAAUCAAUAAUCAAUCCAUUGUUUCGACAUAACUGGCUAUAUUUAAUUUUUCAAAAUAACUUAUUUUGCUGUGUUUAAAAAUUACUGUCCAAAAGUCAGCCAGUUAUGUCGAAACAAUGGAUUGAUUAUUAAAUUAUUAAAUGUUUGCAGUACUUUCAUCAACUUGUAGCAUUACGAAAAUGAGAUAACAAUAAACCUCUUCUUUCGAAGUUAUCGGUGUGCACUCGCUAACAGUCAAUCAGUGGAUUAUCACUGAAAACAGUGAAUAGUCGCUAAUUUGCAGUUGUAAGCAAUACCACUGAAAAUUGCAGUGGUAUACUUAUAACUGCAAAUCAGUGGCUAUUCACUGUUCGCAGUGAUAAUCCACUGGUUGACUUUUGGAGAGUAAUUUUUAAACACAGCAAUUAUUAAGUGUUAGCAGUUCUUGCAUAAACUUGAAGCAUUGCGAAGAUGAGAUAACAAUAAACAAUCUCUUCUUUGGAAGUUUCCAGUGUGUAAUUUUUAAACAUAGGAAUUAUUAGACGUUUAUAGUUCUCUUAUCAACUUGGAGCAUUGCGAAAAUGAGAUAGCAAUAAACAAUCUCUUCUCUCAAAGUUUCCAGUCUGUAGUUUUCAAACACAGAAAUUAUUGGACGUUUAUGGGUCUUUCGUCAACUUGAAGCAUCACGAAAAUCGAGAUAACAGCGGUAGUUUAAUUAAAACUUGAGAAGAGGAAGCAAUCUGUGACGUCAACGAAAAUUCUAGCAUGAAGUUAAAUUAAAAAUACAUAGCGAUUGCCCUCGAGAUACUUUCUUCAAGAAAAUAUUACCCCCGCGUCAGCGGAGGAGCGCGCCAUUAAGGCUAACAAAGUAGAAGCAGGUGGGAUAAAUAAGCGAGAGAAUGGUACAAUCAUGAUUCAAGCUGGAAACGACCCUGAGGAGAGUUCAGCAGCUCGGAUGUCCUGUAUACACUGUAUACAACGGUGACACAGCUGCACGCACGUAGACCACAGCCAUGGAUAUACAGAAGAAGUUCCUGUGCCCCCGACUGGUGGAUUAUCUCGCCAUCGUGGGGGCCAGGAUGCCCGCUGCCUCUCGUCAGCCCGUACAGGUCCCGGAGUUGCUACGCAGAUAUCCAGUGGAGGAUCACAAGGAUUUUCCUCUACCUCUGGAUAUGGUGUAUUUCUGCCAACCGGAAGGUUGCAGUAGCGUGGGACCGAAGCGCACGGCCUUACGAGAGGCGACGUCCUUCACCUUCACCCUCACCGACAAAGAUUCAGGAAAGACGCGUUAUGGGAUCUGCGUGAACUUUUACCGACCUACUGAAAGGGCGGGGGUCGUGGCUGGCGGGGAAAUGUCGCUCAAGAGGGAAAAGUACAACACCACGUUUCGCAGGGAAAGCUGGAGGAAGAGCAUGGAGAGGAGCACGGAUUCCGCUUUUUCUAGCGACUAUAGGAGCAGUGCGGUGGGUCCCAGUGACUCUGAGAAAGAUUGCUCUAGUAGCAGGAGGGACUCGGACACGCCGCAGGUACCCCACGCCCCGAGAUUGGAAUUCAUCGCACCGAGCGGGGACAGCGAGAGCGGUGGCAGUCAUUCCCCUUCGCCACGCGCGUCUCGAAGACGUCAGAGGGUACGCAAUCACUCCUUGACCUCGCUAUGCAUCAUUUCGCACCAUCCGUUCUUCACGAUGUUCCGGGAGUGUCUUUUCGUUCUGAAGAAGAUCAUCGACGCGUGCAAUGAGAGCUUCACGCCGCAGAAGGUCGGGGCUUCUCGGCAGACCAACAGAGAUACGGUGUGGAGCGUUCUGACGGGCCAGGUUCUGGGCGACACGCCGUCCAUCGUGCUUCACGACGUUCGCGAGAUCGAGACAUGGAUACUGCGUUUGCUCAGUAGCCCCGUGCCCGUCCCGACAAAGACGCGUGUCGAGGUCGAGAUAAUAUCGUCGAGCAUGCAACCCCCGCUCUGUUUCGCCCUGCCGGACCACACCAGGUUUUCCUUGGUAGAUUUUCCUCUGCACCUGCCGUUGGAGCUCCUAGGCGUCGACAUAUGUCUGAAGGUCCUCACGCUGAUCCUCUUGGAGAACAAGAUCGUACUUCAGUCCCGGGAUUACAACGCUCUAUCCAUGUCGGUCAUGGCGUUCGUCACGAUGAUCUACCCUCUGGAGUACAUGUUCCCCGCGAUACCCUUGCUUCCCACGUGCAUGAGCUGCGCGGAGCAGCUGCUGCUCGCCCCGACGCCCUUCGUGAUCGGGAUACCCGCGUCCUUCCUGCUGUACAAGAAGAACUUCAGGAUGCCCGACGACAUCUGGUUGGUGGACUUGGAUAGCAAUAAGAUAACGGCGCCGAGCGCUUUGUGCGAUGACGGUUUGCCGCCGUUGCCGGAACCGGAGGGUACCAUCCUGAAAAAUCAUCUGAAGCAGGCAAUGCAACUGAUGGAUCAAGUUGGCUCUAGUGCGAUGGCCAGUAUGACGGGCCCUCCAUUGCCCCCGCAGGACAUCUCGCUGCGCCUGUCCUUUCAGCAACCGAGCAGAAGAGAAAGCACGGCCUCCCAUCAUUCCAGCUUAAGUGUCGCUUCGACGAAGCACAGGCCGAGCGUCGAUCAGUGCGCGCACGUCCAACACGCCCCGUUGAAUUCGCCUGGCAUGAGCACGUCGUCGAGUCCGCCUCGUCGGCCGUCGAUGUCGCAGACGAUGUCGCCCGGACCGGCCGGCCCGUAUCCGCCGAAGGCGACCGGUCAGGGCGGCCCGGCGCCCUUCAAUCCCUUCAUCUACGGGAACGACGUGGAUUCGGUGGACAUCGCCACGCGGGUCGCCAUGGUGCGGUUCUUCAACUCGCAGAACUUGCUGGCCAACUUCACCGAGCACACGCGCACUCUACGGCUGUACCCCCGGCCGGUGGUGGCCUUCCAGAUCAACUCGUUUCUCCGCUCGCGGCCCAGGAAGAGCAGCUUCCUCAACAAAUUCGCGCGCACGCAGGCGGUCGAGUUCCUGGCCGAGUGGUCCCUCACACCGAGCAACGUGGCCUUCCUCCGGGUGCAGACCGGGGUGUUCGAUCCCGCGCAGAUCGGCGACAAGUCGCGCUGGUACGCGACCAACCUCGAGCCGAUCUACUUUCCCGUCUGGGACUCCGGUAGCUCGCUGGCGAACGCCCUGAAGGCGAUGAGGGAGCACGAGACUCAGCCGACGGACGAGAGCGGUUCCGACUCCGAGGGCGCCGAGAGCACCAGCUCCUCCUACUCCUCCCUGAGCGACUUUGUCUCCGAGAUGGCGUCGUCCGAUCUGUCGCCGGGUUACAAUUGCCCGCAGGCGAGCCAGCCCCAACCAAUGUCGCUCUCUGUGGAUCCGAAGAACGUCUACAAUCCACCGAGUUCCCUGCAAUAUCCGGGAGUGGAGGAGGGCUCACCGGUACGGCCCGAGAGCCCGCCGAGCACGUCUUCUAGUCACAGCGAUCUCAGUAGUCCGAGCUUUAACAGGGACUCCGAGCUCGAAUUAAAUCCGAAAAUUCACGAGGGUUCGCAGUCCACUAACGAUAAAGAGGAGGGUGGUAGCUUUGAGUCAGACUCCGCGUCGACAAUAACACCGCGCACUAUCCUGAGCGCACAAAGUUCGGUAGGACAGUUCACAGGGAUAAGCAUGGGAUCUUUAGGCACUCAAUCUUCGCUCAACGACACUGAACGUCCUACCACACCUCACAGGACCUCGCGUAUCAGUAAAUAUGUCACUCCUGUACCACCCACGGGACCGGGUCUGCAGCGUCAGCCGAGCGUCGGCAAUGUCCUGGCGAGGGCCGCCAGCUUCAGCACCACCGGCGGGCCCCUCCUGCCGCGGCAGAUAAGCGCGGUCACCGCCGGCGAUCAUCAUCACGAGGUGACGCUGCAGCUGCAGCGUCAGGCGUCGGCGGGGCCGACGAUCACGCCGAAACAGGGCAACGACAGCGGGAUACAACGGCAGAACAGCGGCGGCAGCACCACCGCCACCGGGAACGGUGUUCUUCGGCAGGGCUCGCAGGGCUCCCUGUUCGAGCAGAUCGCCAGCCAGGCGAAGGACUUGAUGCGCGAGACUACCAGGCAGAGCAGCCAGGACGGGCUACUCGCACACAUGGACAAGCUGAAGCAUCAGGCGAAGGAAAAAAUUACAGAGGCCGGUGAAGAUAGUCUGUUCGCGCCACUGGAGCAAUUGACGCAACAGACGAAGAAAGCGGUGGGCGAGGCCACCAAGUCGGUGCAAGAGGUGUCGAAAACCGCGCUGGAGGCGAGCAAGACCGCGGCGGGUGUCAGCAAGAACACGUUGGACGAUCUGACGUACGUUGGCAAAAGCACGUUGGGAGACUUGACGAAAAGUGCGAAAGAAGUCGCCGCGAAGAAGGGGUUGCUCAAGGGCCUCGGAGAGUCGCAACAAUCGCCAGUACACAGUCCGCAAUCUCCCAAUGCGCAGCAGAGAAAGGAUUCGGUCAGCAAUCAGCUGGUCGCGUCUGACACGCGAGGCGGCGUCGGGCGGGACUUUUUCAGCAAUAUUAGCAGCGAUCUGAACGGCUUCGCCGCGCAGACCAGCAGCAUGUUCAGCGAUUUAUUCGGUAGUAAAAAUAAUUCCAAUCGUGGCAGCAGCUUCUUCCCGCAGAAUCAGAAAUCGAAAGAGAAGACAAAUCCGAUUCUCGGACCAUUUCCGAAAGUUACAGGAAAAACCGGAUUGGUGGAACGAUCUUCGUUGAUAAAACAUUCUACACAUAAAGUUAAUCAAGAAGACGCGCAGAGAAUGCAAAACGCGGAACGUUCCAGCACAAAUAGCGACAAUCAAGCCUUUUUAAAUGAUGUGGUGACGCAAGUGUUGGCCGGCGAAGGCGUUGGUUGGCUCAAGUUGAACAGAUUGAAGAAGCUGAUGGAAGACGAAAAUUAUCGAGAUUUGGUCGUGACGAAGCUGAACAAGGGUCUUAAUAGGAAGAUCAGUCCAAAUGAUCAUAUUGACGAUGUGGCCAUAUCGAAGCCCGUAUAUAAGGGAAUGUUAAAGUGCCUUCAAGCAGUAACGCACGGUCUCGCACAUACGUAUAAUAAUUUUGGACUUGGCGGGAUGGCUUCUGUCUUCCAAAUGAUGGAAAUCGCUCACACGCAUUACUGGAGCAAGGAUCUAUCCGAGGGUAGCGGCUUCGACAGCUCUUUGAUGUCGCAGGCGUCUAGCCCGUUCGGUAGCAGAGAAAACCUGAAAUCUCCGCAAUCCCCGAAUGCAUCUGACUUUAUGGAUAUCACGCAAAAAUCGGAUUUGCCGCAAGUGCAUCUGGAGGCACCGCCGGCGGGGGACACGAGCCAAUCUACAACGGACAUGUUUUUGGACAUAUUCACGAAGAAAGGGAAAUUUUUAAGCAAGCUCACCUCGUUCGACUCGGAGAGUGGGCGGGGUGGUGGAACGGGGAGCAGCGAAGCUUUAUCCACUGACGGAGGUAGCAUUAUCACUAAUCCUGCUUUUCGGCAAGCGCACCAAGCUUCCUUCCGAAGCACCGUGUCUGAUAGCGAGGUCGAGCAAGGCAAUUUUCCACGGCAGGGCAAGCAGCGUUCCGGCAGCGUCUGGUCCAGCAAGUCGUCCCUGAGCACCGGAUUCCGGUAUCACGGCGGAAGUUUGAUACCCACCACGACGUUACCGAGUCCGGACGCUGCGAGAACGUAUCUCUUUGAAGGUCUACUGGGGAAGGAGAGGUCGUCCCUGUGGGACGAGAUGCAGUUCUGGGAGGACGCCUUCUUGGACGCCGUCUCGCAGGAACGCGACAUGAUGGGCAUGGACCAGGGACCCGGAGAAAUGGUGGAGAGAUACAAGAGCUUAAGCGAGAGCGAAAGGCGACGGUUGGAGCACGAGGAGGACAGGCUGUUGUGCACUUUGCUGCACAAUCUCACCGCCGUCCUAGUGAUGCUGAACGUCGAGAAGAACGAGCUGAAGCGGAAGGUGCGCAGACUGCUGGGCAAGAGUCACAUCGGCCUCAUCUACAGCCAGGAGCUGAAUCUGCUCCUCGACCAAAUAAACAACCUCCUCGGAAACGACAUCGACCUGAAGCCCCUGACGUCCCGGCAAAUGCACCGGCAGUCGUUCACCGUGCACUCGGGGGUCGACGCCGAGGGUGAUCUGCGGUUCCUCGAGGUCCGCCACGACGGCCUCGUGCUGAGAUCGGUGAACGGCGUGAUAGUCGAGCGCUGGUGGUACGAGCGCGUGGUCAACAUGACCUACAGCCCGAAGAACAAGGUUCUGUGCUUGUGGAGGAGGAGCGGCGGCGACACCGAGUUACACAAGUAUUACACUAAGAAGUGUAAGGACGUGUACUACUGCAUUAAGGACGCGAUGGAGAAGGCGGCAGCCCGCGGGCGAGGCACGAACGUGGGCUACGAGCUCGGUGGUGAGUUUCCGGUGCAGGAUAUGCGAACGGGCGAGGGCGGGCUUCUGCAGGUCUGCAUGGAGGGCGUCGGCCUCCUCUUCGCGAACAGCAAGGAUUUCGAGUUUUUUGUAAGACUCGAUCAUAUCCGCAAGUGCUUUACUCAAAAGGAUGGAAUCUUUGUUUUGGAAGAAUUCAAUCCUAAAACUAGAAAAGUAAUUCAACGUAAAUAUAAGUCGCAAAUGGCAUCUGAUAUAUGCUACGCUGUUCUCUGCGUAUUUUCUUACGUGGCGGCUGGCACAGAACAACGAAAACAACAGGGCAGCCAGCAGCAGCAGCAGCAGCAGCAACAACAGCCACAAUUGCAACUGCAACAGCAACCGCAGCAGCAACCGCCACAGCAACCGCAACCGCAACCGCAGCAGCAACCGCAACAGCAAUCGCAGCACACUCCGCAUCAACAACGCCAGCACCAACUACAACAGCAGCAGCAGCAACAGCCACAAUCGCAAUCGCAACAACAACCACAGCACACCUCGCAUCAACAGCGCCAGCACCAACUGCAGCAGCAGCAGCAGCAGCUGCAGCUUCAACAACAGCAGCAACAAAUCCGAUAUCAGCAACACAGGCAGGAGCAAUCACAACCGAGUAAUGUAACACCGCACAGAAACACGCAGUUGGACCCUCAUCCUCGUCAACACUGACACAGGCAACGACCCUCGCUUCCCUUCGUUAGCAUCCACGACAAGAAUAGUUGCGCCCCUUACGCCUGCCUACCCUGGGUAUGAGUGUGCUAUCUCUCUUUUUCGGAGCGCAUUCUGUUUGACGAUUCGUGAGACAAGAAGGACGAGUCCCGGUUUCGUUUGACUUCACUCUCUCUCUUCAGACUCGCCAACGUUCUUUCCUCUUCCGCGGGAAUGUAAUUAUUGCGAAAAGCCGUAAACCUAAAAAUGAGGAAAAAAAAAGAAAUCAAUAUCUAUCCUUAGCUUAAUUCGUUAAAUAUUGGACUUUUGCGGCGCGAGUUUUUAUUACGUAGGCCUGCGUCGAUGUGAUAGUUGUGGUAUUGUUGUAUUCGUCCGUGCACGUGGGCGCACGUGCACGCGUCACCUAAAGCAAUUAAAUACAAUAAUUACGCGUAAUUGGCGGUGCAAUUUUAUAUGAAUGCGUCACGACACGGGGAGAAAGAGAGAUUACGGUCGUCCGCGAUUCGGAAGGGCAAGAGAUUAAUUUUAGCUCGUGUAUAGAGUCGGAGCAGGCGGUCGACGAACGUCAAAUUGCGAGUUCCUCGCUGACCUUUGAUUACCGAUGUCGUCUUUUAGCACGCUCGGGGCCUCUCUCGCAAUGAAACAAUGAAGCGUAGAUAACGAUAGCUCUCCAUUCGUUCGCUGUGCGUCUCUUUUCUUUACUCGUCUGCAAUUGAGUCUAAUCAGUGAUUUCCAUCUAUUUCGUUUAUAUACAGCGUGUACGUGAGACGCUAGCGAAAACUGUCGUGUGUAUAGGAUGUAUAGAAAAACGUACUAUCUCGAUGUCUCGAGCAAAUGGUCACUAUUUUGUACGGUUUCGAGUAACGGAAGAAGAAAGAUCUCUCGAUAGCUCGUAGAGCGCUCGUUAGGGCACAUGUAAUGUCCCCCCCCCUCCCCAAGAAAUAGACUUUCUAUAUAUAAUAUAAUGUAACUGUACAAUAUCAAAGAAACAUCUGAGACAGCAGCUCUGAAACGCUGUGAAAAUUCGUAUCUUCUGCGCUUUCCCACGACUCGUGCGAGAUUUCGGUUUAGACGCGUGUUAUUGUUGUAAAUUUUGUUAGGCGCGGAGGCAGCGGAAAAACAUAACGAGAUCGCGGUUUCAAGCCGGACAAUCGGAAUUGGCACCAAGUGCGAAGCAAUGUUUCUCACGGAAAUUGAUUAUAUUCCCCCCCUGGCCACAUGUAUUCCUCGAUUAUUCCGUCACGUUGAAUACGCGUCGCGUAGAUGAACAGCAAUGACCAGCUUAGGGAGGAAGGUGUAAACUUAUAGUCGCGAGCUCAGCGCGAAGUAAACGUAGCGUAUCUCUACACGAGAAGAAAUGAUAUAUUUUCUUGCAACGUAUAAGAGGCGAUAUAGAUAUUUGUAAAAAGGGAUAGGAUUUGUAAAUAUAACAAUUGGCGGUGUAGCGAGCGGCGCGAGAGAGCAAAGGCAUGAAUACCCCCCCCCCCCCGUUUUAGUUCUCGUCUUUUAAUACGACUAUACAUUGUUAGAUCUCGUUCGUCGGUUGAGUUAGAGAGAGGUGCGUUUUUUAAGAGUGAGAGAAAGAGGGACGACACGUUCUCUUCUAAACAUCUAAAAAAAUAAAAAAUAAAAAAAAAUAAAAAGAAGAUAUACACGCGCGAUCCUUUGUACCAAGUUUGUCUGCCUAAGUCCCGAUGUUUAGAAGUUCGACACGUCGAUCGAUCAUUAUCAUUUCGAAAUAUAUCACGGUUAUGCGAUAAAGAAAACUUUAGACCUCUAGGAGAGAAAUUAAUACCUCGCAUUGUAUAGUACUCAUCCAUGUAGACGCCUUACGCCCAAAAUAUACUUGUAGCCAAAUCGGAA